GGAGGCGGGGUGGGGGCUCGAGGCGGCGGCUGCGGCUCUGCUCCGGCUCCUGGACCUGGGCGGCUGGGCGCGGGACCAGGGGCAGACGAGCAGCGGCGGCGCGGGGCGGGCGGAUCGCGCGCGGGGCGGCGGCCUGGCCCGCCGAGCCAUGGCGGCCCCGGAGCCAGCGCCGAGGCGGAGCCGGGAGCGGGAGCGGGAGGACGAGAGCGAGGACGAGAGCGACAUCCUGGAGGAGAGCCCGUGCGGGCGCUGGCAGAAGCGGCGGGAGCAGGUGAACCAGGGGAACAUGCCAGGGGUCCAAAGCACGUUCCUGGCCAUGGACACAGAGGAGGGGGUGGAGGUGGUGUGGAACGAGCUGCGCUUCAGCGACAGGAAAGCCUUCUCCGCACAUGAGGAGAAGAUCCAGACCAUGUUUGAGCAGCUGGCGCUGGUGGACCACCCCAACAUCGUCAAGUUACACAAGUACUGGCUGGACGCGUCCGAAGCCCGCGCGCGGGUUAUCUUCAUCACAGAGUACGUGUCGUCCGGCAGCCUCAAGCAAUUUCUCAAAAAGACCAAGAAGAACCACAAGGCCAUGAACGCCAGGGCCUGGAAGCGCUGGUGCACGCAGAUCCUGUCCGCACUCAGCUUUCUGCACGCCUGCAGUCCCCCCAUCAUCCACGGGAACCUGACCAGUGACACCAUCUUCAUCCAGCACAACGGCCUCAUCAAGAUCGGCUCGGUGUGGCAUCGCAUCUUCGCCAAUGCGCUCCCAGACUAUCUCCGAAGCCCCAUCCUCGCUGAACGUGACGAGGUGCGGAACCUGCACUUCUUUCCGCCCGAGUACGGUGAGGUUGCUGAUGGCACCGCGGUGGACAUCUUUUCCUUCGGCAUGUGCGCGCUGGAGAUGGCGGUGCUGGAGAUCCAGGCCAACGGGGACACCCGCGUAACGGAAGAGGCCAUCGCCGGAGCUAGGCACUCACUGAGUGACCCCAAUAUGCGGGAGUUCAUCCUGUCCUGCCUGGCUCGGGACCCUGCCCGGCGGCCCUCUGCCCACAGCCUGCUCUUCCACCGCGUGCUCUUCGAGGUGCACUCGCUGAAGCUCCUGGCAGCGCAUUGCUUCAUCCAGCACCAGUACCUCAUGCCUGAGAAUACCCUGGAGGGAAAAACCAAGGCGGUGGACCCGCAUGCAGUCCUGGCAGAGAUCCCGCGGCUGCGCCGGCCCCCGGUGCAGUGGCGGUAUUCGGAGGUCUCCUUCUUGGAGCUUGACAAAUUCCUGGAGGACGUCAGGAAUGGGAUCUAUCCGCUGAUGAACUUCGCCACCACUUGGCCCCUGGGGCUGCCUCGCGUGCUGGCCCCGCCCCCCGAGGAGGCGCAGAAGGCCAAGACCCCGACUCCGGAGCCCUUCGGUUCGGAGACUAGGAAGGUGAUCCAGAUGCAGUGUAAUAUGGAGAGAAGCGAGGACCAGGCGCGCUGGCAUCUCACCCUGCUGCUCGUGCUGGAGGACCGGCUGCACCGGCAGCUCUCCUACGACCUGCUCCCAACCGACAGCGCCAAGGACCUAGCGGCUGAGCUUGUGCACUACGGCUUCGUCCACGAGGAUGACCGGCCAAAGCUGGCGGCCUUCCUGGAGAGCACCUUUCGCAAGUACCGCCGGGCGCAGCCCUGAGCCCGCGGCACAGC